CAAAAGAUUUUGUUUAUUCUUGUAUUUUUUUAUUGGGCGCUCUCUUUCGUUUGUUUUUCUUCAACUAUCUCCGAACGACGCCAUCUCAAUGUGAUAUAUUGUUUUAUUUCUAAGACACAAAAACAUUAAGAAUUGGGACCUCAAAAACAUUAAAACUUACCAUGACGACUUUGAGCAGUUUGGUUGACUACAGCAUCUAUUCCAGUUACAACAAGUGUGGAGAAAUCUUAAAAUCGCCCAGCAUCGACGAAAAACAACAGUACUGCAUCUUGUGUUUAUUCUGCCAUGAAAUUUGUUUGCAAUUUAAAACAUUUGUGGUUCACAUUGAGAAGGAGCAUCACCAGCAGGAUCACAUACUAAAGGAUGAACAGACUAGUGAUGAAGACGAUCAAGUUAAUGCACAUUUCAGUAGUAUCCAAGAGUUUGAAAAUGAGGACAGUGGGGAAGACGAUAAGAAGGACUUCCUUUUGGAUCCAUUGGAAGAACCUGAAGUUCAGUUAAAAGAGAAUCGUAAGCACAGAGAAAAGACUAACACGAGUUCAAAACCCCAAACAAGACAAGCUGCAAGUGAAGGUAGAAGGAAAUCAAAUCAGUCCAAGAAGCAGCAGGACAAAUUAAUUAAACAAGAACCUGACGAGAAUGGCGAAGGAAAUAAUAUUAUAGACAGUCCAAAAACUCUAAACCUUAUUUGCAAUGCUGAAGAAAAAUGUGUUAUGAAAGAGGCAGUCGAUAAAAAGGAGGAAUUGCAAUUGGAAAAGUUAAAAAUCAAAGCCGACACUACACAAAAACCCACAGUUUACAAUGAAGAUAUUGACUACGACUAUGAAGAGGACGAUGAUGACUUCGUGCUUCAUGACAACUAUGAUGACGAAGAUUGCGAUCUGGAUGACGUCAAGGUAGAUGAUGACGAUGAAUUGAAACCGUCCCCCGCCAAAAAGUCCAAAGUUAAAUUGGACGAUGGCUUAGACAUUGAUGAAUUUAUGAAUAACAAAGAAAGUGUAAUUGCAUUUAUAACUGCCUAUCAAAAACAGGACGAACUGUGGGAUGCCACUAGACCUCCAAAACUAGUAAAUCGGUGUCGAAAGAAACGCGAUGAAUGCUUGAAACAAAUAUGUCAAGAACUGGAACAGGUAAACGUCCCCAUGACAAUAAGAGAUGCUGAAAAGUGCAUAAAAUACAUGAGAGUGCGCUACAUUCGUGAUGUACGCAUACGUAUGAACUAUACAAAAAACAAAGAUAAGGACUAUAAACCCUUGUGGUUCUAUGAUAAUUUGGAGUUUCUUAAGCCAACUCUAAGCUUUAUUCAAGAGUUGCAGGAAGAACAGAUGCUGGCCAAACCCAAGCUAAAUGAUGAUCAAAUUAUCAGAAUAAUACAAAUUUAUAGGAAAUAUUCAUGUUUGUGGAACGAACAGGACAUAUUCUACUAUUCCGAGCAAAGAAGACAGACAACAUUGCAAUCGAUCAUAGAAGAAGUUUGUAAAGAGCUACAACUAAACUAUUCCGGCGAAGAAAUGGAAAAUACAAUUGAGUUUAUACAUAAAAUUGUAAAAAAGGAGAAGGAAAAGAGCAUUGAUUUUUCGUCUAGUAAACCUUCCAAGGAAUACAAAUCCACAAGUAACUUUUAUGAGCAUAUUUCGUUUCUCCUACCACAUUUGGGCCCAUUUAAAUGUCAAUAUUGUCCAAAAGUGUUAAUGAACAUUGCCACAUUUCGAAUACACACGGCCAAGCACGAUGGCACAAAACCAUUUAAAUGUUCCAUUUGUAACUAUGAAUUUACUCAAAAACCUGGGUACGUCAUACAUCUAAGAAGGCAUACCCAAGAUUUUCCUUUUGUGUGCAAAUACUGUUCCAAAGGUUUUCCAUGUAAAAAGGAACUUAAAUUACAUUUCCAAAAUCACCCGGAGUAUGAGAAAGAGUUUAUAUGUGACAUUUGCGGCGAAGGAUUUACCCAGCAGAAAUUAUUAAAUUGGCAUCUCAAGGCGCACAAUAAUAUUCGAGAUUCCAUAUGCAAUAUUUGUGGUAAAGGAUUUACCAAUUCCAAGCUAUUGUUUCAACAUCGCACGGUGCAUAGCCAAGAGAAAAGCGUGUGUAAACUUUGUGGCAAAACGUACGCUCAUUAUCGUGGUCUCUCUCGGCACAUGACAAAAGAUCAUGGGACGACGGUGGCGGCCGUGGCUGCUGUUAUGGGUGAGAAACCCAAAAAGCGAGUACUUACAAUAAAUGAAAUAAGUUAAGUGUGUAUAUUUUAGUUGCAAUGUUAAGAUCUUGUAUUCAUAAAAUAUAAUUAAAUUUGUUUGAUAAUGGA